AUGUAUCGGGUAGCACUCGCGUCGGCUUUCUUUGUUCUUAUGUGCCAUUUCGGUUUGACAAAACACUAUUCGGAAUAUUACUACUGUGAGAAAAAUUAUUGUCCCACGGGCAAACCCAACGUGGGCUGUGGAUGCAAAUUUAACGAAUCGUACGCACCGGGCUGCGGUGGCAAAAGUGCCACGCUGCAUAAGUUUACCAGGAAGGAUGUACAGUUUAUACUGCACAUGCACAACCAUCUCCGAAAUUUGUUUGCCUGUGGUUCGGUAAACCGGUUCUUCCCAGCCGUACGGAUGGUUCAACUGCGUACAGACGACGACUUGCAAUCGUUGGCCGAGUGCAAUGUGAAAAACUGCACCUACGGACACGAUCAGUGCCGUAGCACGGAACACUAUCACUACGCUGGCCAAAACAUUGCCAAACGUACGGUGUGCGGACGAACGCUUACGGUGACCGAGGUGGUCAACAGCUCAAUGUACGCCUGGUUCGACGAGUACUGGGACACAAGGAGUGAAAUGUUGGCCAAAUAUCCCGACUAUAGCCCCAGAAAACCAAUCGGCCACUUCACCCUGCUGGUAAACGAUAACGUGUUCUUCAUCGGUUGUGCGAUGGUUUCUUACGCCAAGCGUAUAAAGGAUUACUUUGAGGAAACGGGGGAAGACUGUCGUGCAUAUUAUUUCGUCUGCAAUUAUUCCUUUAUCAAUCUGAAAAAUCGUGCAACUUAUACCUCGGGAAUGAAGCCAGCCACCAUGUGCCAGACGCACCACAGCAAACAGUACCCUUGUUUGUGCAGCGUUCAUGAGCCAUACUCAACGUCCCUAGAUUGGCAGGAUCAGGUACUCUGA